CAUUUCUUCUUGGAAAAUUCAGAUUGUUUGUGAAACACAGCCUUGUUUUCCUCCUCUGGCCUUCUGCUGCAAAUUUGGGAUAAACAAGUCCCGUUCCCCCCCCCGCUGUGAUGACACUGAUGGAAACACAUCAGGAGCUGAUAAGUGUGUAACCACAGUGUGUAUCCUCCCCUCAAAUCUCCCAUCCGCAGCUUCAUUUUCAUAUUUCCUGCUGGGUGCUUUUUCACCGUUUGUUGUCUUUUCUCUCAUAUUUAAUCCCGCAGUGCCAGUCUCACCCCCUCUCCAACCCGGUUCUCCCUCUCUUUGUCACUGGUUGUCGAUCAACCAGUCAGUGACAUGUGGAAUUUUUCAUCACCUCGCCCCGGGGGCACCAUGCUGCCCGCGCCUGUGUAUCGUGCUGCUUUUUUUUCCAGUCCUGCCUUCUCUCUCUCUCUCUCUCUCACACACUCAUGCACACUCAUUCUCUCCCCGCGGUAUUAUUCUGAGUCAGCCAGUGGCAAGCUAUGGUUUGUUGUUUGCGGUCAACCCAGCUGUAUGGGGUAGUAGUAGCUGUCAGUGACUGAUCAGCUCUCCAUGGCCUAUCGUCCCUCCAGCUCUGGCUCCUACACUGUGGUUAUCAUCCCGCUUAAGACCAGUCUGUGCAGCGUGGACGCACUUCGCUUCUACCUAUGGAUUAAACGGUUGAAGGAUCUGGAGAAGGAGAAGGACGCGCUGUGGUCUGGUCUGGAGAUUCUGGAGAGGGCUCGGCUCUGGUAUCUCCGGCGGCUGGAGGAGAACAGGGCUUGGCAGGAUAGCAUCGAGAGCAGAAGUGGGUUUGUCUCCAGAAAUGAAGAUGGAGCAGAGGCUCGCUCCUGCCUCCUCAGGUCUCGUAUCCAGCGCGUGAACGGUUCUCUGGGCUCUGUGAUGAGUGAGCCCAACGCCAUGACCAGCAGCAACCCCUCUCUGCUUGAAGCAGUGGCAGACAGUGACCUCCGGUGGCACAACUCAGUACUGACUCAGGAGGUGAAGAACAAGAACUGUCAAAUAUCCUUGUUAGAACAGGAAAAACACGCUCUCCUCAAUCAACUCCAUGCACUGAAGAACUGCUGACUAUAAGCUGACACAUGUAUUACACCCCAAACUUACAUUUAACUGGACAUCAUACAGUUAUUUGCAUGUAAAUAUGUAUUUAAAUUAAUAAAUGAUAGUAAAUGAUACAUUAUUUUUUUCUUUGCUUUGUGUGCAGUGAACCAGCCUGACUGGAAGGUUUUUGAAUAACUUGAUUGACGUGUUGAAUGUGCUGCAGUGACUCAGCAACAGACUUUAUUUGUUAAUUCCUCAUUACUAUCAUUUAACUUUGACCUCUUUAUGCUCUCUGCUGCUGAUGACACAUUUAUGGUUAUGUCAACAUCCAAGCCUUUCCACGAAUUUGUUCCUGCACUAUUCGUCUAAUUAACAUGUAAAAGUAUAUUAAAUAACAACUGCAGGUCCAGAAAAAGAUGCACGAGGCUUCAUUUGAACCGUAACGCCUUCUAGUUUCUGUAAAUGUGCUUGCUUGGCACGUGAGUAAAUCAUAUUCUAACUGUAAGAGACCCUGUGAAUAUAUUCAGUUGUAUGUAGACGUACAGUUGAAUAAUAGAUACACCUGGAUCACUGCAUUGAUUCUUUAUGAAAUGAAAUGUUUCCAUGUUUGGAGAUACUGUCUGAAAUGGAUGGACACAACAUGGCUAAACUGAUACCACAUGAGCAAAUGAAUUUUUUUUUCCGUUACUGAAUGCACUGAGUAAGUGCAAUAAGUGAGCCUCUGUGUUUAGGACAUCUCCAAAAGACACUUGAAGCAAAGUAAUCUCAUUAUAAUAAAGGCUUACAGAUU